AUGGCCGUAGGAUUUGGAUUCUCGGUGGGAGAUCUUAUUGCCGUGGGAAAGCUGGCUCACGAUAUCGCGGUUGCUUUGAGUGACUGCCGGGGUGCUUCUGCGGAAUACAGCUCCUUGAUUGAACUCCUCGGAUCUCUGAAGACGUCUCUCGGUCUGAUCAAUAACUUCAUAUCAAGUUUACCUAUCGCCACAUCUUCGCGGGUGGACCAAGCUUUUAUGAACGGUAUUCUGUUCCAUGCUGGAUGCUGUUAUAGGCUACUGAACGAAUUUGCUGCGGACUCUCGAAAGUACACUCAAAGCUUGCUGAAUGGCAAUGGUGCUAAGACGAAAAUUGCAUUUCGGAAGAUCAAAUGGUCUCUAUACAGCGCAGAAGAUAGCCGACGGUUGGAGCGAAGACUAAGCACGCACAUGGAUGCUUUUGAUCGCUACCUCCUUGCAAUCAACAUUCAAACUGAAACCAAUUUCGCGGAAGAGUCUCGAGGACAAGUCAAUCAAAUCUCCAUGAAAGUGGCAGCGAUAUUCGACACGGUCCAAACCACGAAGAAUAUGAUGCCUAAGAUGCUCGGAUAUCCAUGGGAAGGCGACGUCCUCUCUUCGCAUGUUCACAUCGAGGACGUGUUGGGUAGACCGAUAGUUCUACCAAUCAUGCUUUGUCGUACAAGAGAAACGUUGAAAAGCACCAUGAGAAUCAUGUUCUCUGAUCACCCCGGGUUGAAGGAAGUAGUGGAAGGCAAGUUUGAGCUCGUUGACAAGCAAAACCAGGUUACAAUCUUCGAUGGCCGCGGUAAUACGCCUGGGAUGGAGAAUCCUUAUUCUCCUUCGGAUGCUGUCCAACCUGGCGCUAAGCUGUUGAUGAAUAUCUUGCGUGUAAAGACUAUUCAUGCUCCAAAAGCCUCCUUAGUCACUUCCGUUCGAACCCUUGAGACCUGCCCAAGAUGUGGCUUCGCAACUCCUGGCAGGCGAUUCAGAAAAUGCGAGAAUUGUGACAUGGACUUCAAGAAGUCUAUACAAGAGGUCUCUGGACCGAUGCCGAGGGUGGUCGAGUUACGUGAUUGGCCAGAAAAAUUCCCACGUGCAAAUGUAGAUGCUGCACCACCCUUAGACUACGGACCUAUGGAAUUAUCCAAUCAAGACAUGGACACUAGAUAUAUUCGACGUGUCCAUGAAAUUACGGAGCAUCUCGUCCCUAUCCAGUACUGUGCCAACCACUUUGGUAAUUCAAGGCUUCCCUUAAUCCAAGCAGUUGGUCAAGGAGAUCUUCAUUGGGUCAGACAAAUACUGCUGGAGACCGAUACCGACCCAAACACUAGAAGUUUCCAAGGUUGGACAGCUUUACAACAAGCCUGCGCUAUUGAGGCCGAUUCUCCAGGGAGCAAAAACCAGGAAGCUAUCGUCAGGCUAUUAAUGUCUCAGGGUGCAGAUGUUAACGCUGUCCGUGGCGAGGGUUACGCCAGAACAGCACUACAAGCAGCAUGCGAGUGUGGAAACGAAAGGAUCGUAGAUCUGUUAUUAGAGAAAGGUGCUGACGUCAAUGAAGAUGUUGGUUCUUUCGGUGGACGAAGCUCUCUAGCAUCUGCUGUUUGGGCACGCCAUAUCGGGAUUGUGAAAAAACUUCUCGAUCGAGGUGCAGACAUUAAUCAACCAAAGAGCGAGGAGCUUGGACAUACCGCGCUAUCGGCUGCGGCUCAGCUAGGAAAUCUCGAGAUGGUAAAUUUUCUAAUUGAAAAUGGGGCAGACACACAAGGGUCUGCUGGCUCGUUUGCUUUGGAAAAGGCCAUAUAUUGGGACCGGCUAGACGUGGCACAACGCCUUCUCGAGCUAGGCCUAGACGUCAACUAUUGCACUGAUGGCCCCGCGCCUCUGCACUCAGUAGAAUCCAUGGAUAUGUUAAACCUGCUGGUUUCUUACGGAGCUCGCUUCGAUUUACCUGGCUCCAACGCCUCUGGACGUACUGCAUUACAACAGGCUGCACGGUAUCAUAGCCUCGAUCUAGUCACUGAACUCAUACGUCUGGGCUCCGAUGUUCAUCAUCCUGGUCCGCCAAGAGGUGGUAGGAGUGCGCUGCAAGCAGCCGCUUCAAGAUGGUACGGAGAUCAUCUUCGCAUAAUGAGCUGUCUCGUCGAAGAGCACGGUGCGGAUGUCAACGAACCACGUGCGGAAGAAGAAGGAUAUACAAGUCUUGAAGCAGCGUGUAAUGCGACAGUCGGGCAGAAGCGCCAACGGAGUAUUGAUAGUGUCAAGUUUCUGGUCGAGAAAGUCUGA